AUGGCCUUCUUCAACUUAUAUCUAUUGGGAUAUCAAAAUUCCUUUCGGAACAAAAAGAAGGAUGCAACUGGAGAAACAAGUCAGAAGGAGCUGGUGCCCACCAGGCUGCCCCCCAUCGCCUUGGGACAUGGGAACUAUUGCGUGCACCAGAACAGCCACGUGAGGUACCAUGAGGCUGUACAGAAGGUGUUGUUAAAGACAUUCCCCAAUCAGGUCUUCAGAGUCCCUCUGACUGAUGCUCAGAACUUCAGCUUCUGGCGGUCCCAUGAUCCAGGAGUGCAUCCAGAGGAAACCAUGCCAUGGAUCCGAAGCCCACGCCACUGUCUCAUGAAAAGCCCAAUGACCAGGUUUAUGGAUCACUGCAUUCUCAAUGACAGAACCUUCAGUCAGUACUGAGGAUGAUGUGGCUGCAGAUGGAGAUGAACCAUGAGAGGAGAGCAAAUUGGGCAACAGGGAGAAGUGCCCCAGUUCGUGUGACUUACU